GGGCUUAGGAAGGACAUGAUUCUAUCCCAGAAUGCAUCAGAACAUAUUCACUCUGUAAUGGUUAUGUUCAGAUUCUCUGCCGAUUGUUGUAAACAACGUUAGCUUGAUUUAAACACGAAGGAGUAAACAUUUCAAUGUAUUCUUCAAUUAUAUAGAAUUUCGCCUACACUGAGGAAACCGGCUUGCGUGAUGGCGGACAGCCCCGGAGAUGAUGACUUUGAAGAUUAUGACAAGCCAGGUGCUGAGAGAUCACGCAGGAGGAGAGGCGAAGAUGAUUUAGACAGUGAUCUUGAGAGUGAUUUGCUGGAGGAGGAUUGGCUGACAGCCAAAAAGGAUCCCUCAGAAGUGUCAGAUGAGGAAUUGAACGAUGACCUUCUACAAAGCGAUGAAGAAGAUCAAAACAUCGGCCAGGGCGUUAGCCUCAAUGCUACUCUUUGCGAAUUUGACCAGCAGGUGAACCCCAUAGACUACCCAGAAAAAGGAGAUAUAGGCGAUAUAGAGGGGGGCUGCCAGCAGGAGGGGGGAGAGUACAUGGACGAGUACAGCCUGCCCAAUGACAUGGAGAUACCAGACGGCCAAAUGGAAUACUCAGGAGAACAGGCUGGGGGCGACGGAGUGUUAGACAUUCAAAUCAAUGAGCCUCUAGACGAUGAAUUUCAAGCGGAUGAUUACUCACCAAGCUAUGGAGGUGGAGAAAAGCAGGAGGAGCAGGCAGCGCAACAGGAAGCCCCAGAGGAGGAGGAGGUCUCUCAGCUCGCAGACACAGAGGCUGAGAAUGAAGCAGAGCCAAAGGAAGAAGUGAAGGAGGAGGAAGACGAGGAUGAAGAGGAAGACGACGAUGGAGAGUCUGGCCGGUUGCGUUUCAAAACGGAGCGUAAAGAUGUCACGUCUGGUGUUGUGCGGCUGGCGGAUGCGGGAACCAAAAGACGGAACAUUCCUGAAACAUUAGAGCUGUCUGAAGAGGCCAAAGCAGGCCUGAUGGAGUUUGAGGAGAAGGAGCGCCAGAGGAAGCAGGGCCGCUUUGGAGGCCGAGGAGGAGGAUUCAGAGGUCGAGGAUUAAGAGGGAGGUUCCCCGGAUUUGGGAUGGGAGACUUUGGUGGAGGAAGAGGACGAAUGAAUGACCUGAGGCUCCCAAUGGUGGCUCUACAUAUGGGCAUGCAGCGGUCUCCCUCGAGAAUGACUCCCCCUCACCCACGUCAUCAUCUUCAGCAGCACCAUCGUCAGGGUGGCCCUCGAGGGCCCUCCUUCCAGGAGCACAGCGGCGGGCCGCUGGCCCUACAGCCCCUCCUCCCCCUGCACAUGGCCCAACGUGGGGCACCAGUCAGGCCCCAGACGGACCCACCACACCGCAUGAUGAGUCCCCCUCCCUCACACAACCACCAACAGCAACAUGAGCAGCAGCCCAAGAACAUCCACAUCAACCCCCAUUUCAGGGGCACUGCAUCCUCCCCUGCACAAGUGCCCUUGCUGCCUCCUGCCCAGAGCCAGCCCAGACCUGCUGUGGGUCCUCAGAGGUUCCCUCGACCAGGGGACUUCCAGCAACAGCACGUGCCGGGUAAUUUCGGCCAGCCGCCCCAGAGGCCCCCCCAUCACAUGGAGCCCUGGAGGAACCAGCCUCUCCCCACCCCCCAGGACAGAGAGCCCUUCUUCAUCGGGGAGCCAGGGCGGUUCCCAGGGCAGCAGCUGCUCAUGUUCGAUCACCAGAACCCCGGCUUGCUCAUGAACAGUAAUAACCACCAGCUCUCCAGCCAGGGCCACAUGGCCUUCAACCAGCCAAGCCCAGGGGGGUUCAACCAGCCAGGCCAGGGUCCAGGGGGCCAGCUAGGGAUGUUCCAGAGAGAGCCCCCCAGACCUAACCUGCCUCCCCAGGGCCACCCCCAGAGCCACCAAGGCAUGGCCAGCCUGACUGGACACAGCGGACCCACUAACACCAGGCUCUUCAUGGGCCACCGUCAGCCCGGCUUCCCCCAGCAGCAGGGGACUCCCGGGCCGUUCCCUUCACAGCAGCUCCAGUUUGGGAUGCAGGUACGGAUGAGAGGCUUGAUGCAGCACGGCCUUCUCCACUCGCAGCUCCAGCAUCAUGACUUGCCUCUAUCCCAUCAGCAACAACAACAUCAGCAGCACCACAGACAGGACCUGUCUCAGCCGCCUCUCCAGCACCACUCUCACCCCCAUCCCAACGAGCAGCGGCAAGGCCCCAUGAUGCACCGCGGCGGGCAGGGCCAGCCCCCCUUCCACCAGCAGCAGCUGCAGCAGCACGGCAGCCCCAGACAGAUGCACCCUAGCGGGCCCCGCCCCCAGAACUUCCAGCAGCGUAACGCCCCCAUCAGGACGAGGAUGAGCCCCCCUGCCCCCAAACUCAUUCCCCAGCGCAACAGCAACCUCCGCGAGCUCCCCGUGGCACCUGGCAACCAAAACGCGAACAACGUCCGCCCCGCCUCUGCGCCAAACGCCUCCAACGUCAGGCCCGUUGCCAGGGCAAUGCAAGGAGGGGCGCGACCGGGCCUGAACCCUCGGCCGGUACCCGGCGGUGGCAGAGGAAGAGCCCAGCCUGCUGCUGCCAACAAGGCUGCAGCACAGCUACCUGGGCCACUUGGAAGAACGGUGGUUCGCAGGGAUUCCACAAGCACCCGGCCAAACACAGCAGUACAGGAUCCGGACGAGGACGAGGAGACGCGGCAGUACCGUCUGAAGAUCGAGGAGCAGAAGCGUCUCCGGGAAGAGAUCCUGAAGAGGAAGGAGAUGAGGAGGCAGAUGCAGGCCAGCGUCCGCAAGAAGGAGCUACUGGAACGCAUCAACGGCCAGGGUGACCCACAACAACAACAGCUGCAACACCACCAACAACAACUGCAGCGUCCGUUUCCUCCUAAACCGCAACAGCCCCAGCAAGGCACUUCUGCUUUCCCUCCCAGCGGCACCCCACAGACGCCCCCCGCACUCCGCCAGAACGUCAAGACCCAACUGACCAAGGGUGAGCAAGCACCGGCUCCAGGCUGGCAGGGCGGCAACACUGGCCCCGGGUGCCCUGGUCCCAACCCUCACCAGCAGGCCCAGUGGCAACAGCAACACGGGCAGCAGAGAAGGAACGUUACCCAGCUGAACCCUAUCAGACCAGGUGGGGCCCCUCCCAUGGGGAACAUGCCCAUUCAGGGAGACCCGAUGGCGGGUCUGGGUUCCGGCCAGGCCCAGUCUCUGGGGCCUAAAUCAGGGGUGAAGAGAACUGUGAUGCAGCGAGCCAACAGUGGAGACGGAGCGGGGCCACAAGUUCCACAGAAAGUAAGAGUGGUCAAGCUUCUAGGAGGGGGAGGAGAUGUGAGUGGUGCCAGCGCCCCAAUCCAGCAGCAGGCCGCUAGGCCAGCCCCCCAGCUCCACCAGGGCCCAGUGAGGAAGGUAACCCUGGCCAGCCCCCCCGGAGGACUGCCCAUACAGGGCCUGGUCACACAGGGGGGCAGAGGGGGCAUGGGCAACAGGGUGGUUGUCCCGGGGUGUGGCAGAGCCAGCGGGGCCGCGGGAGGGACAGGUCAGCUGGGCCGGGGGCGCCUGAUUCCUACCAGACAGAGCCAGAGAGGGGCAGAGGACAGCCAGGCCUGCACUGUGUCCAUAGACGGCCUCUCCACAUCCACCACCGACGCGCAGCUCCGGAACUUGCUCAACUCAAUCGGCCCCAUCCAGAUGUUCAAAAUGCUGCCCCAGCAGAGGAAAGCCAUUGCCAAAUUUCACAAUCCCCAGCAUGCCUUGAGUUUCCAAGUCAGCUUCAACAGGCAUAUGAUAGAUUUGUCCCAUAUUGAUGUGUCACUGAUUGAUGUCUGAAGCCGCGCGGUAGAGGGUGGCGGCGAAUGCCCAGUGCAGGACGUCACGCCUGACGCUCAUGUGGCUUGGAGGUUCCGGUGUACAGAUCCUUCAGCUAUAUGUAACAACAGCUCUAUGGAACACACAGAACCUACACAGCACCCUCAUCCUCCUCACAACAAGCACCCCCGACCUCCUUGCCUGCUGACGGAUCUACUGAGGAAAACGUCAACACAAAGCAGCAUGUUUUGCUCAUGUUUGAAUUUCCGUAAAGGGGAGCUUCAAAUGCCGGUUUCAUAUGACAAAUAUGUUUAUUGUCACUGGUCUGGACACUUGGACAGACGUGACUAGAGGGAAGAUGCUGGAUAGUCUGUGAUUUUUCAAACUUUGACAGAAGGAAUUUGAGAUGAGUAAAAGGUUUGUGCAUCGGGCACUAACGACAACAAGAAGUAGUGGUUGACACUGGAUAAUGGUUGCUCCCCACCCUCAGCUCAGUUGUGAACACCAUCUAUAUCAACGAUUAGGGAAAAGAGUUUAGGAGAUUUAACUUGUACCUGGAGAUUUUACACAUUUUCUGAACAGGUGUUUUUGAUUCGAGGCAAGCUGCUGAUGUAGGUCUUGACUGAAAGAAACGGGUGUAGAAUAGGUGCGAAGCUUGCCACUACAUAUUUUCCUUUCUGGCAGUGCCAUUUUCCUUCUACAAAUGGCAGCAUUUCAUAAUUAUUGUGGAUUGGAUGCGAUGGGUUGACUUUUUGGGGUAGAGCCCUUCCUCAAGUAGUGUUUCAUUCCUGAGUAAAUGGCACAGCCUAGUGGAGAAUUUAAGCCAUUUAAAAAAUAUAAUCUGGUUUGAGGGUAUGAUUAUGGGGAUUCAAACUUGACCUUGCAUCAGCUAACGAUUCCAAGGAUUUUUAUUCAAAUAGAAUUUAGAUUGAUUAGCCAUGCAAAUAUAGGACGUUCUUAACCUAUUCCUAACAGAAUUUCACAGUUCUGUUAAAGAAAGCCCUUUUGACUGGCCACCAUGUCUUCACCUUCACUUCUGGAGGAAUACUAGGCUGGAUGACAUGGAUAAAUAGUGUGUAUUUGUUAGGUUUUCUCUACAUUUUAAGGUCAUUGACGUUACGCGGAAAGACUGGUUAAAUUGUCCUUAUGAUGCUAGUGUGUCCAUUUUGACCGUUUAGCGUUACUUGAUCAUUGGAAAAAUGUGUACUUUAAUAGGGAGCCGUUAGUUUUGUCUUUUAACUGGGUAAACAUGAAUAGGGUGUCUACGCUUGUGUGUUCUCGGAAUCCGUUUUAGUCUUUAUUGACAUUUUUGGGAUGCACUCAACUUUAGUUUUGUGUAUCGUUGGCAUAUUCUGAUUUCAUUGGUACAUGUCAGGUUUAGUGGGUGUGUUCGCUCCAUAGUAAAUUGUCAUUCCAGUUCCAUUUUAAAGGUUUAUCAGUGUUUCCCUUAGAAUUUGUUUUAGCAGUGGUGGCAACUGUCACUGAAGGUGGGGGUUGGGGGUCAGGCAAGGAUCAUAAAGGGGUUUAUCUGGUGUUCGUGUUGGAGGGGUGUGGUAAUUGGCGUGGUCAGCCCGUUGGCGCAGCUUAAUUCGAUCCAGAAUUGUCGGCGGAGAGACAAAUUUGCUGUUUCUCAGCAAAAUGUCCUGCAAUUCUAUGUAUCGCUUUUUGCCUUGGCUGUGUUAUGCUCACACAUUAUAACAAAAGCAAAGGGUACCCCAAUCUGGGCCCCUGGGUAUGUGCCCGGUCAGUAAACCAGCCAGGCUAAAAAUACUCAUAAAUUCAUAGGACGACUCAAAAAUGUACAAUAUUAACUGUCUAGCUUUUAUUUUUUUUCGAUUUCUAGUUCUCAAAGAUUAUAUUAUUAAAUAAUAUAUUUCAAUUAUCAUUUCUAAGUACUUUGUCUGGUUUUUGUCAUUUAAGUUUACACAAAAAAAAAAAAUAAUAAUCAUAUAGAACUCUAACCUGAGCUAGAACUCUUACUUUCGUUUAAUAGUAAACUAGUUUGACUCAAUAGUAAAACCAAGGAUACUGGUUUGUGCUUUUUGCAUUAGGCCACAAUUCAGAAUGUUGUAGCAGUCUUGCCAAUCUGUUUUUGUUUUAGAAUUUUGAUUAGAACACCAAACCGCAAAAGGAAAUGUCAUACUUGUUUUUUUACUUUCAAAAAACUCAUUUACAAACUCAUUCUAUACUGAGUGCAUUCAUACAUACAUCAUUUUUAAAAAAUAGUUAUUUGUUAAUGAUGGAUUGCAGGUUCACUGAAACCUGGUGCAACAAAUGCAUAUUUGUGUCAAAGUACCUUUCAGUAUUGCUGGAUCAAGGCUCGGUUAGGUUUUUAUUUUAUUUUGCUUCCAAAAGUGACCAACCUCCUAUAAUAAGAGAUCAGAAUAAAACAGUUGCGGUAUAAUUUCAUUAUUUAGUAUAAUUUAGCGCAGUACCUGUUCCAUUUGGGAAUGUGUGGGGGCAACCAUUGUCAGUGUAUUAGUAGUCAUGAACAUAACAUCAAACAAUUAUAACUGUCACUGAAUGUUUAUCACUUUUCCAAACUUUUUGAGUUCUCAUUAUGUGCUUUGUUGUAUCAAGUUAACCUUUUUUUAUUUUUAUAAAUAUAUAUCUAUAUAUCUAGAUAUAGAUGUGUGUGUGUCCAGACUUUCAUUAUUCUACAAGUGUUUCAUUUGUAUGUAGAACAAAAACUUGAGAGCCUGGACCCUGUUUCUGUUUGUCGAUAUUUGAAGACGUUUUAAAGGGAAAAUAAAAUAUGGCCUAUAUAUACCAUGAAAAUAUGGUUAUGUGAAGCCGAUUGAACUAUUCUAGCCCACAACUUUGUGUGUCUGAUGUCUAUUUGUCGUUACGGUGAGGUAGCUCAUUUCGGAUGCCAGCUGUCCUUCAUUGUAAUCAAAUAUUUUUCUUACGGUAUUGGUUAGUUUUUAUCCUCCCUGGUUAUUGUCUCUUCCAGUAUACUGACUCCCCUCCCUGUGCUGUUUUACCAAAUCCUUGAACAAUUUCCUGUUGCACAAUUCAACUUGGGAACUAGGUGUAUCAGUAAGAUUAGGUAACUUGUGGUUUUGAAUGUAGGCUACAUAGUUUGAAUGUAGGCUACAUCGUUCGAAUGUAGGCUACAUCGUUCCAUUACAUGCUAAUUGGGUACAAUCUGCCAUUAUUUCUGGCAAUGAAUCUUCAUUUUAUUUGUUGUUAAGUAUUUGAGUAUCUUUAUUCAAAGUUUAUGAGUGUAUAUAUUCAUAGUUUACAUUUAAUUACCCCCAUCCUCCCCAACACACAGCACUGAUAAUUCAUUAUUUGAGAUGCCAUAGUAUUAGCUGUCAGCAUAAGGAGCAGAGGAUGUGUUACCUAGCGGUUUCCUGUACUCCUUGUAAGUCGUAAAGGGCAACAUGUUACAAUUGAGUACAAUUUUAAAGUUAUUUUUGAUUUUUUUGUCACUUCCCGUUUUGGGCUUUCUCUGACUACUGACUGAGGUUUUAUUUUGUUUUGUAGAUGUUUGAACUGGCCGCUUCUUUGCACGUUGUUCAAUGUUUUUUUUGUGCUGAAUUUAAAUUAGAAUCCUAUGGAUUUGAAAAGUAUUGGCAAUGCCAUUUUAAGUCGCAUUAGUAAAAGACAUUAAUGUUAUGUCUUGUAACAGAGAACCAGGUUCAUAUUGGACCUAUUUUUGUACCUUGUUUCUAAGGUGUUUAUUGCCGUUGUACUUACGUGUACUGUAUGAUGAACGUUGUGCUUUUUGUGUCAUCAGGUUUGGAGCACUCCACUUUAGCUGUUUUAAUGUUGAUGAUUUUUUGGGGAAGCUGCAUUAAUUUAGGUUUUAAACAGGAUGCUACAUCUACUGAUUUGACUGAUCUGCUCACAUCGAAUUGUUUGCUAUUGCUUAUUUCAUUUUAAAUGUCAAUGGUUUUCUAAGAUGCAACUACUGGACAUGCUGCUUAAAAUGUUAUCGUGGCCGUUGGGAUGAAGAAGUGCCUGACGUUUAAAAGAUCUCCGAACUUUGAAACUACUAACGUUUCUUAUUCUUCACUUAGGUGUAUUGGAUGGGCUCCAGAAGCGCAUUGUUGUUGUUUUUUUUGCAGGACCACGGCUGAAUAUCCAUAGUUGACUCCUUUCCUCUUUUCUUUUCUUUUUUAGGUGUGAUCCCGUGGACUGGCACCUUGCCUCAAUGCUAACACGGUUUGGUUGUUUGCAGGUCCUGUGAGAACACGAUUGACUACUUUUUCCUCUUGAUAAUUCAGUUGAUUUUGCAGCAUGGUUUUGGGCCUCAAACCCCCUUGGCUGGACUUACGCUUCUUCCAUCAACCCCUUUUCCUGUAACCCUAUCCUCCCAACCUCCAAGGUUGGCAUUGACUCAGUUGAGGUGUGUUGUUAUUGUGGUUGUUGCUGCUCUUAACCCUCUGUAUCAAGCAGGGGCCCUGUCUGGAUUACCUUUGUUUGUUAGCCCAAUGGAUGGAGGUUAACAUCUCUGUGACGACACCCGGGUUCACAGAUCAGACACGCUUAAAGCCACACGCUUCCACUCCACCCAAGUCAUGCCAGCUAUGCUCGGCAUUCAAAUGUUUGUUUGGAUCAUAAAAAAGAGACCACUGAUUUGUUAUACCGUGGACGGUGUGAUAUUGUCACUGAAAAAACUGACUUGAAUUGUUGAAAAUAUACCAAAAUGUAUGUUUCACAUUUGUGUUGAAAGAAAUGUUGAUCAAUCAAGAUUAUACAAACCAACAUUGUUCAAGAAUUUCAGUGUUUGUGAAAUGUUUGCUUGAGGUGCCUUUGUAAACUGAGAUGCAACAUGUUGAAAUAUGCUUUUAUUUUUACAAAAUAUACAAUGUGCAUUGUUGAAUAAUUAAGUGAUUCCAUACCUAAAUAAACACCAAUGUAUUUU